UGGGGCAAUGGGAGCUGCCACCAGCCUGCUAGCCCCUUCUGGGCGUGGUUUCGGGAGGGGGCGGGGCCUGAGACAAGGACACCGGCUGCGAACUACAACUCCCAGCAAGCGCCGCGGCCCUGAGGUCAUCUCUGCGGGCCUGGGCGCUCACUGCGCCGGUCGGGGCCGUGCGCGGAGGAGGUCGGGAAGGCGGCGGGAGGAAUCGGGAUUCAGCGCGGCCGAGGCCGGGAUGGAGGAGAAGCUCAGACGGGUUACUUUAUGGCUAAAAAGGACAUUUGGGGAUCAACCCAUUCCACAGUACGAAGUGAAUUCACGGACUGUUGAUAUUUUAUAUGAACUUGCGGAAUGCAAUGAAACCAGAGACAGGGAUGUCUCCCUCGUGAUAGAUGACAUGAAACAGAAGACUGCUGAAUAUGAGUCAGAAGUCAACUAUCUACAGGAUCUUCUCAUGGAGAGUGUGAAUCUUUCCUUCAACAGUCUCUCUAGCGCAGGCACCAGCUAUCUGAACGCAUUGGUAGAUAGUGCAAUGGCUCUUGAAACAAAGGACACUUCCCUAGCAAGCUUCAUCUCCGCUAUCAAUGAUUUGACCUCAGAUUUACAUGCGACAGAAUCGAGAAACAGAGAAAUGGAGCUUGAAUUGACCAGCCUUAGGAAAAAGCUAACUGCAGCUCUGGUGCUGGAAAAACAUCUCAAAGAGGACCUUAAAAAAACAGAAGAACAUCUGGCAACGGAAAAAGCCAAAGCUGACAGCCGAACCCAGAACAUGAAGUUCCUGAAGGAUAAAUCUGAGGACUUUAAAUUCAGGAUCAAGGCUGCAGAGGAACAGCUUUCGGCAAGCGGGAUGGAUCCUUCCUUGACACAUCAGUCAUUAGUGAGCCUCUCAGAGAAACUGACUGAACUAAAGCAACAGACUGUGCCUUUGAAGAAGAAACUGGAGUCCUAUUUGGACUUAACUCCUAAUCCUUCUCUUGCUCGAGUGAAGAUUGAAGAAGCAAAGCGGGAGCUGAAUGCUCUUGAGGCUGAGUUCUCCAGUAAAGUGGACAUGAUGGCACUGUCAGUACCAGAGCCCAGCAAACGCCGAUUUACGUAAAGUCACCUGUGUGGGAAAAGGACUUCACUUUUUUUUUUAAAGACUUUUUGGGUUCCUAAACAUGGUGGCGUAUUCCACACUGUUGGGGCCUGUACACUUGCCAUCUUUCUGCCAGGUGCACAGAUUUUGAGGGUUUCUCAUAGCUUUAGUUUUGUAAAAAGUAUGUAUAUUUCUGUUUUCUGUAAGGCUGAAUAAUAAAAACAAGGCUUCCUUCUCUA